GACAGCAAUAAUGCUGAUUCGCUCUCUUCGCCUUACCUGGGGGGUCCUGGGUCUCCUCCUCUCGGGAUGUGUUGUUUCGGCCCAAUCCACCCCAGUCCGGAUCAUGUCCCUGGGCGACUCCAUCACCGGCUCCCCGGGAUGUUGGCGCGCUCUUCUCUGGCGCAAACUCCAGACAGCCGGCAUCACCAACACCAAAUUUGUCGGCAGCCUGCCCUCCCCGGGCUGCGGUUUCACUUAUGACGGCGCCAAUGAAGGCCAUGGCGGGAUCCAAGCAACGGGUAUCGUCCAGCGGAGGGAACUCCCUGGCAAUAAGGGUCCAACUGAGAUCUUGGCUGCGUUUGGGACUAUGGUAGAUUGGAUGAGGGAGAGUAAGAAGGAUAUGAAGAUCCUGGUUGCCCAGAUCAUACCCAUUAAUCCGGCAAACUGCCGGCAGUGCGGUGAUCGCGUGGUCGCGCUUAACAAGGCGAUUCCAGCAUGGACAGCGUCCAAAAACUCUACCGACAGUCCCAUUACCGUCGUUGACUGCUGGACCGGAUUUGAUACGGCCAGGGAUACAGGAGAUGGUGUGCAUCCUAACAACGCAGGAAAUGAGAAGAUUGCAAACUGCUGGUUUGAGCCCCUGCGUAGGGCAAUUCAGGGGUAAAUUGACACUGGCCCCUGAACUCGGGCUUUUAGCUUCAAUUUGCGCUGGUAAAUGACAGCAUUAUAUCCAAAUCUUCAGAUACCUGCUAUUUUCGAUUCUUCUCCAGUCCCCAGGUGCCCAUGGACCUGAUCUUGGCCAUGAAUUGGAGGCAUGUUGCAGUUCAGGGCAAACCCGGCAAAGACCAAAGCCAGUACCGUGAUGGUCACGUUGGUGGAAGCACAGUAGAUACAUGUAAUGGCCCGAGACAAAUUUACCUCUAGGCUUCCACCUGGAACAACCUGUUCUAGGAAGGCGCCCAUUUCGAGCGAGAAACAUCUACCU